AAGCAAACUAGAGAGCUAGAGAGAGAGAGGAGAGAUGGGGCAGCGUUCGUCCUCCCAGAAACCGGAGGCAGAGCAGGUUCAGCAGCAGCCAGCUGCCAGCGUUGACAGCCAGAAAAGGCAGGAGCAGCAGCGAAAGGCAGUGGCAGCAGCGCACAUGAAUCAGCCGUACCACGCAUCUAGCUAUGAUGAGAUGGUCCUCAUGGUGUCACUGGAUUCAAUCACCAAGAUCAUGUGAAUUGUCGAUACGCAGAUGCGGUGGCGAGAUCAUCUAUCCGGCUCCAAUGGUGACUGCCAUGGUGAACGUCACGUGCCUGCUCUUCUUCUGUAGAUCAGAGAAGGAUUAUUACAUACGCUGAGGGGCCUUGUUUGUCAUCUAAUAAAACUAAAAUCUGCAAACUGCCACUGCUAGUCGCUUUACAAAAAAAAAAAGUCAACCAAAUUUGUCUUAAGCCCAUGUACGUCAGGAAAUGUUUUUCAGACCUUGUACGUUGAGAAAUAGUCAUCAAGGCCCUUGUAUCAGUCAGUAAUCGUGGACCGUUCUGUUGCGACCCUUUCAAUACUUUUCCUUGUUGUUCGCUACCAUAUGUUUGAAUCCUUCACUGUGCAUGUACUGCUUCCGUUCUUAAAUAUAUGACGCUCGUUAAAUAUAUGAUGCUCGUUCACUUUCA